AGAUGUCCUUGCGCUGCCGAUCUUCAAGCAGGAAGAACCACAGCUGUCUCCUGAGAAUGAUGCCAAACUGCCACCCUUUCAGUAUGUCCUCUGCACAGCCACAUCGCCUGCUGUGAAACUGCAUGAAGAAACCCUGACCUACCUUAACCAAGGUCAGUCUUAUGAAAUCCGUCUACUUGAGAAUAGGAAAUUGGGAGAGUUUCAAGAUUUAAACACAAAAUAUGUAAAGAGCAUAAUUCGUGUAGUUUUCCAUGAUCGGCGCCUGCAGUACACCGAGCAUCAGCAGCUGGAGGGCUGGAGGUGGAGUCGGCCUGGGGACCGCAUCCUUGACAUAGAUAUUCCGCUGUCAGUUGGUAUCUUGGAUCCCAGGGCCAGCCCAACCCAAUUGAACACUGUUGAAUUUCUUUGGGAUCCAUCAAAGAGAGCCUCAGCAUUCAUUCAGGUACAUUGCAUCAGCACAGAAUUUACUCCACGGAAACACGGAGGAGAGAAAGGAGUGCCCUUCCGUGUGCAGAUCGACACCUUUAAGCAGAAUGAAAAUGGUGAAUACACAGAACACUUGCAUUCUGCAAGCUGCCAGAUCAAAGUGUUCAAGCCUAAAGGAGCAGACAGAAAACAGAAGACUGACAGGGAAAAAAUGGAGAAGAAGACCACCCAAGAGAAAGAGAAGUAUCAGCCUUCCUAUGAGACAACUAUUCUCACAGAGUGCUCUCCCUGGCCAGAUGUGCCUUAUCAAAUGAACAAUGCUCCAUCUCCAAGCUACAACAGUUCUCCCAACAGCUUCAACCUUGGAGAUGGCAACAGUUCUCCAACCCACCAAGUGGAGCUCCUGCCUCCCAGCAAUGAUCAUCUCCUCCCUUCUGCUUCUAUUCAAGAUGCCCAGCAGUGGCUUCAUCGUAAUAGGUUCUCUCCAUUCUGUAGACUCUUCUCAAGUUUUUCGGGUGCUGACUUACUGAAGAUGUCCAAAGAAGAUUUCGUUCAAAUCUGUGGACCUGCAGAUGGAAUUCGUCUCUUUAAUGCAAUCAAAGGAAGAAAUGUAAGGCCCAAGAUGACAAUUUAUGUCUGUCAAGAACCAGAACAAAAUAGGUCCCAUCUCCACCAAAAACGAGAAAAUGGAGAUGGCAGUCUUUGUGUGUAUCAUGCAAUCUUCUUGGAAGAAUUGACCACUCUGGAAUUAAUGGAGAAGAUUGCAAACUUGUACAGCGUUUCUCCACAGCAGAUAAAUCGAAUCUAUCGGCAGGGACCCACAGGGAUCCAUGUAUUAGUGAGCAACGAGAUGGUGCAAAACUUCCAAGACGAAUCUUGUUUUGUUAUCAGCACAUUAAAAGCUGAAAGCAAUGAUGGCUACCACAUCAUUUUAAAAUGA